AUGGAAGAGAAGAGGAAGCUGCAGUGGCGGCGAGGGCGCGAUGGCAUCGUGCAGUACCCGCACCUCUUCUUCGCGGCCCUGGCGCUGGCGCUGGUCGUGGCGGACCCAUUCCGCCUCAGCCCGCUGGCCGGCGUCGACUACCGGCCGGUGAAGCACGAGCUCGCGCCGUACGUGGAGGUGAUGAGCAGCUGGCCCAGGGACAACGCCAACCGGCUCCGGCGCGGCAGGCUGGAGUUCGUCGGCGAGGUGUUCGGGCCAGAGUCCAUCGAGUUCGACGGCGAGGGGCGCGGGCCGUACGCCGGCCUCGCCGACGGCCGCGUCGUGCGGUGGAUGGGCGAGGAGGCCGGGUGGGAGACGUUCGCCGUCAUGAAUCCUGGCUGGUCAGAGAAAGUCUGCGCCAAUGGAGCGAACUCAACGACGAGAAAGCAGCACGACAAGGAGGAAUUCUGCGGCCGACCGCUCGGGCUGAGGUUCCACAGGGAGACCGGCGAGCUCUACGUCGCCGACGCGUACUACGGGCUCAUGGCCGUCGGCCGGAGCGGCGGCGUGGCGACCUCCCUCGCGAGGGAAGCCGGCGGGGACCCGAUCCGGUUCGCGAACGACCUCGACGUCCACCGGAACGGCUCCGUGUUCUUCACCGACACGAGCAUGAGAUACAGCAGAAAGGAUCAUUUGAACAUCCUGCUAGAAGGAGAAGGCACCGGGAGGCUGCUCAGAUACGACCCCGGAACAGGUGCUGUCCAUGUCGUGCUCAAGGGUCUGGUCUUCCCAAACGGCCUGCAGAUCGCUGAGGACCAACAGUUUCUUCUCUUCUCCGAGACAACAAAUUGCAGGAUCAUGAGGUACUGGCUGGAAGGCCCAAGAACGGGCGAGCUGGAGGUGUUCGCGAACCUGCCGGGGUUCCCCGACAACGUGCGGUCCAACGGCAAGGGCCAGUUCUGGGUGGCCAUCGACUGCUGCCGGACGCCGGCGCAGGAGGUGUUCGCCAAGCGGCCGUGGCUCCGGACGGCGUACUUCAAGUUCCCGCUGACGCUCAGGAUGCUCACGCGGAGGGCCGUCACGCGGAUGCACACGGUGCUCGCGCUCCUCGACGGCGAGGGGCGCGUCGUGGAGGUGCUCGAGGACCGGGGCCGCGAGGUCAUGAAGCUGGUGAGCGAGGUGCGGGAGGUGGGGCGCAAGCUCUGGAUCGGGACCGUGGCGCACAACCACAUCGCCACGAUCCCCUACCCCCUGGACUAGCCAGCCACAGCG